ACGGCAAGCUUAAGAGAUGCCGCCGAAGGGGAAAAGUGGUUCUGGAAAAGGGGGGAAAGCCUAGAAAAAUAAGACACAGCUCUUACUCUUCGCCAUCCCUUGGAAGAAGUGGGGAAGAUAGUAGCCAGAAAGUACUGUACUGAAUUCAGUGCUGAGAGAGGAGGUGCAGCCUCUGGAAGUGACAGUGCUGACAAGAAGGCUCAGGGCCCUAAAGGUGGUGGCAAUGCAGUAAAGGUCAGACACAUUCUGUGUGAAAAACAUGGCAAAAUCAUGGAAGCCAUGGAGAAGUUAAAAUCUGGAAUGAGAUUCAGUGAGGUGGCUACACAAUACAGUGAAGAUAAAGCCAGGCAAGGGGGUGACUUGGGAUGGAUGACCAGAGGGUCCAUGGUAGGACCGUUUCAAGAAGCCGCAUUUGCCUUGCCUGUAAGUGGGAUGGAUAAGCCUGUGUUUACAGACCCACCUGUGAAGACAAAAUUUGGAUAUCAUAUUAUUAUGGUUGAAGGGAGAAAAUAAAGUCACACGGAAACCUGAAUAAAUGUUUUGUAUUUGGUU